CAGCUUAAGCCAAUUGAAAAGUAUGCAUUGAAUUUCUUGGAAUUGUUUCAUACUUUGAAUGAUCAAGACAGCCAGAAAGUCAACAAGGAUUUAAAAACUGCAAAUGCAAAAUGGGAAUAUCAGCAUGCCAAGGAGCUGAAAAAGGCAGAAGAAAGAUUUCAGCAGGAAGUGAAAGAGGAACUCUUAACGUAUACCAGAGAAGAUGCUUAUAACAUGGAAUUUGUAUGUGAAGGCCCAGAUGGAGAAAUAGAAACAAUGCCUCUUUGGACUCCCCCUGUUGCACCUGAGAAUCAUGAUGAUGUCUACACUGAUUCUGUUACGUGUCUGAUGUACAGUAGUACCCCCAUUCCAGAGUCUGCGCUUCCACCGCUGUCUGUCAGGAGGGCACUUAAGCGGCAGAGAACGGAUCUGUCCUCUUCAAGUGAGAGAAAGAAGCAUUGCCAUAGAAGGAUGGUUGUUCCUCCACCUUCACUUUUUGAGCCUCCAAGAAUAUUGAAAACACAAGAGAAGAGCAAAGCCCACCAGACCCUCCUCUGGCUAAAACAAAAAACAUAUUUUGCAAGACCUUUGUCAGCUCUUACCAAGUCAGCUGCUGACGCUGGGCAGGAUGGUCCUGCAUGGCUAAUUGCUGAAGACUUGGCACUGGUAGAAGCGGUGAAACAGUUACGGAUGCUUCCUUUAAACCUUGCUGUCGUGUCACCAGCACAGACAGUAAACUGGGACUUUGUCAGCGACAUUGUUAAUUCUUGUAACUAUGUUUAUCGCUCCCCAAAGCAAUGCCAACGUCAUUACAUAAAAGCAUUUGCAGGUCCAGAAGCAAAGAACGCAGGUGGUUAUCCUCUUUGUGUUAGACAAGCCUAUGCUAAAGACCAGAAUUCUGAGCGUACUCAAAUCUUUAUGAAUCACUUUGAGUUGAUGACAAUGACUGCUAGAAAAAGAAGUUCCUCAAACAGGUUUCUUGCAGACAACUGUGACAAACUACUGCCUGUGUCUGAAGUUGUUUCCAUCUGCACGGAGCCUACGAUGAUGCAGGAAAAGAUACCUUCUAAUUACCCUUUUCCUGUAAAGACAAUGGGAAAGGCUGGGAACAAGGGAAAAUUACCAGGUUUUUUUGGAAGACUGAAAAUUGUUCAGUAUGGGUUUUGA